AUGGAUUUAUAUCUUCCAGCUGAGCUAGUCGAGUUAAUAGCAUUAUGUCUAUCUAAUAACGAACAAUUUCACUGCCUUACAAUUUCUAAAAAAUGGUAUGAAUCAAUAUUUCGAGCACUUUAUAAAAUAAUUCGAAUCAACUAUCGUCGACAACUUAAAUUAUUACUCAAGCUGUUCAGCUAUCAACCAAAGUAUGGUCUCUUAGUUCGCCAAAUUUAUUUUAAUAAAUCAAGCCAUAACAUUGUUGGUAUCACCACACAAGAAUUAGAUCAAUUAAUUACAUAUUGUCCAUUUUUAGAAAUUCUCGAUUUCGAUCAGAGUAUUUGGAAAUACAUUAAACAUGCCUCCAUUUUUAAAUAUCAACUAAAACAGUUACCCACUUUGAAUCUGUAUGCACCUUCUUUAUUUUUAUUAGAGAAUCCUUUCUAUCUUCUCACAUUAACUCAGUUAACUUUAUGUGGUGAACUAGUGUCUCAACUGUUUGAUCAUUCUCCUAGACUGAUUCAAUUACUAUCCAAUACACCUGACUUAAGAAGACUCACUCUUGAUAGUAAACAGCAUAAAUCACAUGUUAUUUAUGUAUCAUAUCACAUUAUAGAAGCUAUUCAUACUUCAUUGACAAAACUUGAGGAAUUGGAAAUAACAGGGUCCUUCCAGUUUCAUAUACAAAAUGGGGAUGGAUUAUUAGGAUUCAUAUAUCCUACAAAAGUGCGUAGGCUAAAAUUGAAAGCAAAUUUAUUGCCGCCUCAAUGGAUUUAUUAUAUAGCACAAAAGUACCCACAGUUAGAGGAACUUGAUCUAGAAGUGAUGAACACGGCAGAUAACUUGACAUCUUAUCAUCAACGGGAAGGCAUUCAAUACCUUUUCUCUCUAUUAUUAGAUCAUUGUUUGCGUCUUUGUAAAAUUCAGUUAGACAGUAGAACAGCAACGAUGUAUUUAACACCAUUCUUCUUUGAAAGGUCAACAAGCCAUAAGUCUUUAAAAGAAAUUAAAAUAAAAAAUAUACCCUAUAACCUUGUCUCUUGUGAACAUGUAUUUUUCGAUACUUUGGUCAAAUAUGGUCAACAACUUGUGACAGGAUUAGGCACAGAGUUCAUCGAUACUAACCCACUUUCUCAUUUUACUAAUCUAACAGAACUCAGUUUAUGCUGUGGUUAUCCUUAUGUUGACUGUGGUUUAAAUCUGCUUUUGAUUCAUUGCAAAAAGCUGAAGCAUCUUACGAUACGAUCAGCUCAUGUUAUGAUCGAACAACUAAAUUAUGUCUAUUAUCGUGAACUUAAAGGUCAUCCACUAAUCUCACUUCAUCUGAGUGCUGUCUCAUUUUCAUCCGAUAUCUUUGUUUAUUUAGGGAAUGCAUGUCCUGCAUUAAAUCAGCUUUCAAUUUAUGAUUGCAGUCAAAGAGAUAAUUUUGCUAAUUGUAUUCAUAUCAAUAUGCCUAAUAAUAACUUUCAUUCUAUCAUUAUUAAUGGUAUUCGGCUUGAUUCUGUACUACUUCAUGCUCUUGUUUGGAUGCCUAAUGCACGUGUCUUAUCCAUCAAGACGGCAACUGGUAAAAAAAAAAGAUGGUAUCAUGUUUAUAAUAGAAACAAGUUAUGCUACCCUGUAAAUCCAAAAAUCCAAAGAUUAAACGCUCGUAAAGCAACUAUCGCAGAGUGUUAUUAUCAACUUAAUCAUCAAAGUUAUUUAGACGAAAUUAUUAAAUGGGAAGAUGAUUUAUUGUUUGGUCAAAUUGAAAUUCAAUGUCGAUCUAUCAAGCACUGGGAAUUCAUUUGUCAUACGACUUUUAACGAAUUUUGA